UUCACCAGUUCGAAUCAAAAAUUAUGAAGAGGCCCGAAGUUGAUACGGAGUACGGUAGACUACGUGGUCUAGUGCAGAAGAAUAUUGAAAACGUCGACUAUUUUGCGUUUAAAGGGAUACCAUACGCCCAGAAAUCCACGGGUUCAUUGAGAUUUAAGGACCCCGUUCGAGCUGAGCCAUGGUCAGGUACAAAGGACGCGAUAGAUUUUGGGCCCAUGUGCACUCAAUACGAUCCAGUUUUGGACAUUAUGGGUGGCUCGGACGAUUGUUUGUACUUGAAUGUGUAUACAAAGGACGUUGAUCCUCACGCUCGGCUACCUGUCAUGGUUUGGAUCCAUGGUGGCGGAUUUCAGUUCGGAUCGGCGCAUGACGAUUUAUAUGGUGCUGAUUUUUUGAUGAAGAAAGACGUGGUUCUCGUGUCUUUUAACUAUAGAUUGGGAAUAUUAGGGUUUUUGAAUCUUGAUCACGAGGUGGCUACGGGAAAUCAAGGCUUAAAAGAUCAAGUGUUUGCUUUACAGUGGGUGCAAGAAAAUAUUGUGAACUUUGGUGGUGACCCGAACAAUGUGACGAUUUUCGGUGAAAGUGCAGGAGGCGCAUCCGUGCAUUAUUUAACAUUAUCUCCUUUAGCAAAAGGUUUGUUUCACAAAGCUAUUUCUCAUAGUGGAGUUUCCACAUGUCCAUGGGGUAAUUGUUUGAAGGAGAAAGUCUGGGCAGCUACUGAAAUUUGUAAAUACUUGGGGAAAAGUAUUACCGAUCCUGAAGAAAUAGUUGAAUUCUUACAAACAGUGAACGAUCUGGAGUUAAUCAAAGCACAAGAACAUUUUAAGAAAAAGGAGGGACUCUGUUACUUCGUUUUCAACCCAGACAUUGACGCAAAAUCCAAAGAACCUUUCAUGCCUCUCUCCAAGGAAAUAGCUGUCAAGAAAGGCGCCAACGUACCGUACAUGAUAGGCCACAACAAUCGCGAAGGGACAAUGCUAUUGAAAUUCGUAGGUUUGCGAAGUAAUUUUUCCACCAUGAAUGACGAGUUUUUGAGCUUUGUCUUAACUCCUGAAAGUAUACAACGUUUUGAGCAAAAUAAAAUUACAUUACAAGAUCUCAAGAACAUGUAUUGCACCAAUGGUAACAUAACUGAAGAUAUUGAAGGUCUGUCGGACCUGAUAGGUGACGUGGCUUUUGUUUGCGGAAUACACGAUAUUGUUAAAAUUCAAGUGGAAAAAAACUCUGGUCCAACUUACAUGUAUGAAUUUACUUAUGACAAAGGAUACGACUUGACGAAAACGCUAUUCAAAAGUACGCUUUCAGGAGCUUCGCACAUGGAUGAGUUACCAUACCUAUUCAGCAUGAAAAUUUUGGAAUCAUUUAAUAUCGAAACGCCAAAGAAGGGAUCAGCAGAUUAUAGAAAAAUGGAACAAUUGGUCGAAUUGUGGACGAAUUUCGCCAGAACUGGAAUGCCAACACCUACAACUUCAGAACUGAUACCUCUGUACUGGCAGCCAGUCAAUGACGGUACAGUCUUUCGAUACUUGGAAAUCGGAGAAGAGCUACACAUGAAAAAAAUGUUAAACAUUAAUGAUCGUUUCGAGUACAAAAAAAACUCUUUCCCAGAUUUUCAAUGAAACAUCCUUAAACAAUUAAUCUACAGUUAUUUUGCGAAAAUUUUUUUUCUUUUUCACACUCCAUGCACAAUAAUUGUACAGUCAUGAAGUACGACAAAAAAUUGAAAAAUUUGCAAAACUAAUCAAUUGUUUCCCGCAAUUCCACCUCACAAUCUCCAU